AUGCGGACGAUGAGGGGCCUGUUGGGGCUCUGCCUUCUAGCUGCCCUGCUCUGGGGCUAUGGCCGGGACUCAGGCUUCUUGGUUCCGUCGCCACGCGGGGCAGUGCAGCAGCAGUUUGCGGGAAAGGCGCCUACUCGGCUCCUGCGGCGUGCUGGGUCGGAGGGCGCAGUUGAGGAAGAGAAGAGCAGCUCCCUCAAGGCCUUUUGGAAAUUCCUGAGGCCUCAUACCAUCCGUGGGACCAUCCUAGGCUCAAGUGCCAUGGUCUCGCGCGCCGUGAUCGAGAACGGACAGGCCCCAGAUUGGUCGUUGCUUCCCACCGCGGCACUGGGCGUCUUAGCCCUGCUCUGCGGCAAUGGCUACAUUGUAGGCAUCAACCAGAUCUACGAUGUUAGCAUAGACGUCAUCAACAAGCCCUUCCUGCCGGUGGCUGCUAAGGAGCUGUCCAUCCCGCAGGCUUGGGUGCUCAUCAUCCUCAUGGCCGUGUGCGGAACUGGCCUCGCGUUUCACCUGUUUGGCCCUCUCAUUGGCUCCUUGUACGCCUUUGGCCUCUUCCUUGGCACCAUCUACAGCGUUCCGUCGGGAUCCGAGAUGUAG